CAUAAUUGUUACAUAUUUGCCGUAACUUAUUUUUAAAAUGUGUUUUUCAAUUAAAAGACACAUCAAGAUUGUUUACCUAAUUUCUAAUGCUAAAAAAAACGAACUAUAGUGCGAAGCCGGUCGCUAGUUAUUUAAUAAAAUAUUAUAUUGUGAUUUUUAUAUUUUUCUUAUAAAAUUCACAAUUUCACUUCAACAAUUCUUCAUUUUUCUAUUAAUUCUCAGACUCCGGCACGGUUAGAAAGUUGGAAAAAGUCGUUAGGAAUUGCAUUAAAAGCAAAUGAUUAUAUUUGCCAUCUUCAUUUUAAAGAAGAAAAUAUAAAUAUGUACGAAAAGUUAACUAUUAAAGGAGAGCUCAAAUAUAUUCCUACACAAAGAAAAACGCUUAAGGAAGAAGCUGUGCCCACGAUUGAGCAUCAGUUUAUUCCCAUUCCCGAACAUGAACUCCAAGCCAAUACUAUUCACAUAGAGGAAUCUUUCGAACCAUACCCCAAUCAACCUAAGGACGAGCAGCAACAACAAAUCAAUGCCGAGCAACAGGAAUUAUCAGAAGAUCAAAAUGAUUCUAAUAAUUUAAUGGAUUAUGAAAUGAUACAACAGGACUUUGCGGAACCAUUGUUUAGUCAAUAUCAGGAUACUAAUGUAACAAUUAAUCCAAUAGAGAAUUUUAAAAGUAAGUUUCGGGCAUUUUCGUUGUUGCCGCCUUUUUGGCUACAUGCAGAAAAUCCUAAUGGGCUGGAAUUUAUGCGAAUGGAUCCAAAAACUCAGAAGAUUAAACAUCAUAUACGUUUAAACGAUGAUCUAACUGUCACUGUAAUUUUUCCCAAUAAUGAACAAUUGCCACUAAAGGAGAAAAUUAAUUCAUAUGACAACACCUACGAUUACUUAAAAUCGGUUGAAAGAUGGCCUUUGUGCGUUGGUACUCAGAUUGACGACAAUAAGUAAGUUUUGGUAGAUUGUUAACCAAGGGAUGAACGCAGUGAGAGUAUAGUCCGAGGCUAAAAUGAUGCCAUUCACCCGAGUUAAACACUCUACUUUUCAUUUCGAAUACGAGGAACCUAGCCCCAAAGCUUGUACUAUGGGUGUAGGCGAUAAUACAACUGUUUGCAGUCGUCUUAUGAAUAUAUAUACCAUAAUGUAACAGUUGUAUUUAAAAUAAAAGGAUAACUCGUAAGCCUAAUAACUUUGAUUUUAUUUAACAUUUUUGUCAUUAAAAAUAUUGUAUGUAACGGUACAUUAAAUAGGUCUUAAUUCUUGAACCUAUCCUAUUAAAACUCGACUUUUAUGUGUAUUUUAAGAACCCUUAUUAUGUAGGUACCUGUAGAUUAAAGCACUAUUUAUACAUAAACAAUGGUACAGGAGAAUAAUAAAAGAUAAAAACGAAUUUAUCUAAUAUAUAAUUACAUCAAUUUUCAGAUUUUGUAAAGGUGUGAUUAUUGGUGAUGAUACUUACGAAAGAAAUCAACAGUACCCAAGAUGUAAAUCUUGUCGAAUAUUACGAAAUCGUUUGCAGAACCGUAAUUCCACUUCAACUCUAUUACAAAAAAUGGCAGAAGCUAAACGGCGCGCUUCAAAUCUUGUACAUAAAUGCAAGCGUCUGAAGAGGACGGUAAGUCUUAUGCCGGCUACAUACGUAACGAUAAAUCGUUGCGAUAAAACUGUGCAGUCCGACUGUGCAGAUAAAUCGAACCGUGUGUAUGACAAAUCGUUACGAUAAUCGACAAUCGGACAAUCGGACUGCACAGUUUUAUCGCAACGAUUUAUCGUUACGUAUGUAGCCGGCAUUAAAGCCGUAACAGACUA